CAAAUAAAAUACAUUACGCAAUCCCACGUUUUCAACACAAUGACUAAUCUACCCUGAAAGGGAAAGAUAAAAACCAAUGGCUAAUCUCAUAAUAUAAGAUUGAACUCAAAUCAUUAACUCAAGCCUUGCGAGAAAUAAAAAAAAAAAUUAAAGAUGUUGAAGGAAGAAACCACCGCGACACCGCCGCCGUCGCCGCCGCAUAUUCUGAUAUUCCCGGUACCACUGCAAGGCCACGUGAACUCCAUGCUCAACCUGUCGGAGAUCCUCUGCCUCUCCGGCCUCCACGUCACCAUCCUCCUCUCCGACCACACCCACGACCGCCUCCUCCGCCACGCCAGCCUCCGCUCCCGAUUCUCCCGCUACGCCGCCUUCCGCGUCGCCACCAUCUCCGACGGCCUCCCCGCCGACCACCCCCGCUCCGGCCAACGCAUCCUGGAGAUCGUGCUCAGCCUCAAGGAGGUGGGCGGGCCGCAGUUCCGCCGCCUGAUGGAGGGGCUGAGCGACGGCGGCGGCGGCGCGCCGCGCGUGAGCUGCCUGAUCAUGGAUGGGGUGCUGAGCUUCACCAUACCGGUGGUGGAAGAGAUGGGGAUUCCGUUCAUAUAUUUCCGGACGAUCAGCGCCUGCUCCUUCUGGCCGUAUUUCUGCAUUCAAGAGAUGAUCGACGCCGGCGAAGUCCCUUUGAAAGACAAAAAUGAAGACAAACUGACAUACUGGAAAAGGAAAGAGAUGGACUUAAUGGUAACAAGCGUGCCGGGAAUGGAGAAUCUCCUCCGGCGACGCGACAUCCCGGCGUUCUGCCGGGUCGAGGACGUCGGCGACGCCGGCUUCCAGUCCAUCAAAACAGAGACCAGAAGAACUACUCAAGCUGCUGCUCUCAUACUCAACACAUUCGAAGAUUUGGAAGGUCCAAUUCUUGAUCAAAUCCGCAAACACAUUCCCAAUUUAUAUUCCAUCGGCCCUUUGCACUCGCAUUUGAAAGCGUUGCUGAAGGAGAAAGGAAUGGAAUCAUCGCAUCAUUCUAGUAGCUUCUGGAAGGAAGAUGACAGCUGCAUGGGCUGGCUAGAUUCCCAGCCUCCCAAAUCUGUGAUAUAUGUGAGCUUUGGUAGCAUCACCAUGUUGACAAGGGAUGAAUUGUUGGAGUUUUGGUAUGGGUUGGUUAAUAGUGGGGUGAGAUUCUUGUGGGUCGUUAGACCGGAUUCUGUCGUCGAGGACAGGAUUGGGAAUGGAUGCGGGAAUGAGAUCCCAGUCGAGCUCGUGGAAGGCACGAAAUUGAGAGGGUUGAUGGUGGAAUGGGUGCCGCAAGAAGUAGUGCUAGGGCACCCGUCGGUCGGGGCGUUUUUCACGCACAGUGGAUGGAACUCGACUCUGGAGAGCGUGGUGAUCGGCUUGCCAAUGCUGUGCUGGCCUUAUUUUGCGGAUCAGACGACGAAUAGUCGGUUCGUGAGUGAGGUGUGGGGGAUCGGAUUGGAUAUUAAAGAUACUUGUGAUAGAUUGUUGAUCGAGAGGAUGGUUAAGGAGGUGAUGAUGGGAGUUAGGAGAGAUGAGUUGUUGGAGAAGGCUCGUGGUAUGGCGAAUAUGGCUAACAAGGCUAUUUGCGAAGGAGGGUCUUCCCACAUGAAUUUGAACCGAUUGAUUGAGUUUUUGAAGUCCACGGCAUUAUGAAUUUGCUUUGAAUCAAUUCAAUCCGUUUCAUAGAUUGUUAUGUUGCUGAUAAAAAUUGAUGGAGUGAAUGAAUAAAACAUCUAUUUUACGUUGUUUAAA